CUUGUUUUGAGUUUAUUUUGGAGUGAAUUUUUGUUUGGAGUGAAACUAUAUUUUCUCUACUGUGAUUUUCUAGUGUGUGUUCUUACAUGUUUGUGGUUUUUCAGAUGUCUGUGUAGUGUGUUGUUAAAUGUUUUGUGAUUUUAAGAUGUCUGUGUAGUUAGUUCUUAUAUGUUUGUGCAUAUUAGAGUUGUCUGCAUGCAUUUAUUUAUGUUUGCUAUUGUGCAUUUUAGGCCUGUCUGUAUUGCAUCUGUUCAGAUGUGUGUAUGCCCAAGAAUUUGUCAGUUGUGUGGCAUUGUUCAGUUGUCUGUGUGCCAUUUUGAGCUGUCUAUGUUUGUGAGAGUUGUCUGUUUCCUCUUAUAUGUGUCUCUAUUUUAUGGUCAUAUGUAUAUUUUACUUUGAAUUCAAGUUUGAGAUGUCUGUGUAGUUUGUGGUUUUUUCACUUGUCUAUAUGGUGUUACACAGACAUCUCAGUAACACCAUAUAGACAAGUGAAAAGAACCACAAACAUAUAUAACAAACUACACAGACAUCUCAGGAAAAUAAGACACACACUAGACAGACAUCUCAGUAACACCAUAUAGACAAGUGAAAAAACCACAAACUACACAGACAUCUCAAACUUGAAUUCAAAGUAAAAUAUACAUAUGACCAUAAAAUAGAGACACAUAUAAGAGGAAACAGACAACUCUCACAAACAUAGACAGCUCAAAAUGCCCCACAAACAACUGAACAAUGCCACACAACUGACAAAUUCUUGGGCAUACACACAUCUGAACAGAUGCAAUACAGACAGGCCUAAAAUGCACAAUAGCAAACAUAAAUAAAUGCAUGCAGACAACUCUAAUAUGCACAAACAUAUAAGAACUAACUACACAGACAUCUUAAAAUCACAAAACAUUUAACAACACACUACACAGACAUCUGAAAAACCACAAACAUGUAAGAACACACACUAGAAAAUCACAGUAGAGAAAAUAUAGUUUCACUCCAAACAAAAAUUCACUACAAAAUAAACUCAAAACAAGGUUAAAAAACAAUUACCUUUGAGCCAAUUCCAUCAAUGAAGUGCGAACCGUUUCCAGUAAAGAGUGAAGUGGUGGCGGAGGCAAAACCCAACAAAUUCAGCGUGAAGAAUGGCGACUCAAAGGAGAAGAAAAUUGGGCGGGCGGUUGACUUCUGGACUUUGCGCACACACCGGACGGGAGGGUGGAACUACCGAUGAACUUCGAUGGAGAGGGGCGGCGAUGGAGUGGCUCGCCUGAAGCAAUUCGACGGGAAAGGGGUUAAGAGAUGGAAUCGGUUUCUUUGGGGGGAAAGAGAAAAGAGUGGGCUGGUGUUUUUUUUGGGAUGAAGGAGAGAGGAGAGGGCAGGGAGUUAAAUGGGUUAGAAAAGGGAGGGAGUGAGCUUUUUAUGAUGUAUAGUGGUGUGUACAAUUCUGGGUACACUUACCAUUACUCUUUUUUUAAACAUAAGCAUUCGCAAAAAAAAGUCUAAAUAGAAGUAAAAAAAAAGGGUCAGAAGAGACAAAAGAAGUCGUUCUGUAAAGCCAAUGUAGCAGUUAGAGAGGAAAUACGGAUAAGGAUGAAAUCACUAACUUUGAUUUUAUAAAUGGAGCCGCAGACUGGAGAGGAGCCUGACGCGUCCAGCAAGCUCACCAUUUUUUAAUCAUAUUUUACAUCACAAGCCUAUAAUUUCGCCUGAACUCUACAGAAAGGACUACAGGUACUUCUAGUUCAGCAAUUCAUUCUAGGCAUGGCAUCUCGAACCUCCGAUCUCGCUACCCAAGUCGAUCAGGCUCGUCUAUUUGAUACAGAAGCCCUCCUCCUAUACUGCUCUGCGCAUGUCCAUGGCUUCCCACGUUCUCCAACUAAACUCUCCAUUUCUCAGUUUGGACAUGGUCAAUCGAACCCGACAUUUCUUAUGGAGGUUCAUUCGGGUGAUAAAGUGAUGAAGUAUGUAUUGAGAAAGAAACCUCCUGGUGAACUGCUUCAAUCCGCUCAUGCUGUUGAGAGAGAAUAUGAGGUCCUAAAUGCAUUAGGCACCCAUACACUGGUGCCAGUUCCUAAAGUCUUCUGUUUGUGUACGGAAUCAAGUGUGAUUGGAACACCAUUUUAUAUAAUGGAGUAUUUGGAAGGCCGUAUCUUCAUUGACCCUAAGCUUCCUGAUCUACCGCCUAAACAAAGGAAGGCAAUUUAUGGCGCAACUGCCCAGGCUUUGGCUUCAGUUCAUUCAGCCAAUGUUGAUGCUAUUGGUUUAUCAAGUUAUGGAAAGCGGAAUGGCUACUGCAAGAGACAGGUGGAGAGAUGGGCCAAACAAUAUCUCUUAUCCACUGGCAAGGGCAAGUGUCAGAGAAACCAUAAAAUGUUAGAACUAGCUGACUGGUUGCGGGAACACGUUCCUUUGGAAGAUUCUUCUGGGGGUACAUCAGGUCUUGUCCAUGGAGAUUUUCGAAUUGAUAAUCUUGUUUUCCAUCCCAUAGAGGACAAAGUCAUUGGGAUUCUCGACUGGGAACUUUCAACUCUGGGUAAUCAGAUGUGUGAUGUUGCUUACUGCUGCAUGAAUUAUAUUGUCAAUAUUUCAAUGCUACCUUUAGAAGAGAAUGAUGGGUUUGAACUUAAAACGAUUCCGGAAGGGAUUCCUUCUCUAGCCGAAUUCUUGGCAGACUAUUGUUCAACUGCUGGUAAAGAGUGGCCUGUCACUCAGUGGAAAUUCUACAUGGCGUUUUCAUUGUUUCGUGGAGCAUCAAUAUAUUCAGGCGUUCAUAAUAGAUGGAUCAUGGGUAAUGCGUCAGGAGGUGAACGCGCCAGACUUGCCGGAGAGAUGUCUAAUUCUCUCAUUAAAGUUGCAUGGUCCUUUAUUAGAAGAGAACAUGUUCUACCACCACAUCCCCCAACUGGUACAAUUGAAUCCAUCCGGAAACAACAACGUGAUCAUGAAAGUCUGAAUCUUUUAUGCCCCAUGAGAGCUAAAUUUGUGCCCAACAGAAAAAUUCAAGAUUUGAGAGACAGAUUGAUCAAGUUCAUGGAGCAUCACAUAUACCCAAGGGAACAUGAAUUCUACAAACUGGCUCAAUCUACCAUGCGUUGGACAGUUCACCCAGAUGAGGAGAAGUUAAAAGGACUGGCAAAAGCGGAGGGCCUUUGGAACUUGUUUAUACCUCUUGAUAGUGCAACUAGAGCACGAGAACUUAUCUUCGGAGAAAAAGGUGAUGCUCCACCAGAUAAGGGAUAUGAUCGGUUGCUAGGUGCAGGACUAUCCAAUCUGGAAUAUGGGUAUCUAUGUGAGUUAAUGGGCCGUUCUAUUUGGGCACCACAGGUCUUCAACUGUGGAGCACCUGAUACUGGAAAUAUGGAGGUAUUACUUCGAUAUGGGAAUGCAGAGCAGAUGAAGGAAUGGCUUGUACCCUUGCUUGAAGGAAGUAUACGAUCAGGAUUUGCAAUGACAGAACCACAAGUAGCCUCUUCUGAUGCAACCAAUAUAGAGUGCUCCAUAAAAAGAGUGGGGGAUUCAUAUAUCAUUAAUGGUAAGAAGUGGUGGACUAGUGGUGCUAUGGACCCGAGGUGCAAACUUCUCAUUGUUAUGGGGAAAACUGAUCCAACAGCUCCAUUGCAUAAGCAGCAAUCCAUGAUUUUAGUAGAUAUUAACACCCCAGGUGUAACGGUAAAGCGACCAUUAACAGUCUUUGGUUUUGAUGAUGCACCACAUGGUCAUGCAGAAGUCUGGUUUGAGAAUGCACGUGUGUCAGACAAGAACAUUCUUCUUGGAGAGGGGCGUGGGUUUGAAAUUGCACAGGGUAGGUUGGGUCCUGGAAGGAUGCAUCAUUGCAUGAGGUUAAUAGGUGCAGCUGAACGUGGUAUGCAGAUGAUGGUUACGAGGGCUAUCGAAAGAAAAGUUUUUGGAAAACUUAUUGCUGAGCAUGGUUCAUUCCGUUCUGAUGUUGCGAGAUGCCGAAUAGAGCUGGAGAAAACCAGGUUGCUAGUUCUGGAGGCUGCUGAGCAGCUUGAUCGCCUAGGCAACAAGGAAGCUCGUGGUACCAUUUCAAUGGCAAAGGUAGCAGCUCCGGAAAUGGCCCUGAAGGUACUUGAUAUGGCGAUGCAAGUGCAUGGAGCUGCUGGGUUGUCAGGAGACACUGUUCUUGCACAUCUUUGGGCUACAGCUCGGACGUUGAGAAUAGCUGAUGGUCCGGACGAAGUGCACUUAGGGACCAUUGCGAAGUUAGAGCUACGGAGAGCCAAGCUCUGAUCCGAAAUCUCCCAGAUUGAGCUUACAACACUCACUGGGCAUGGCAUCGUUCAAGAGAAAUAAAUAAAAGCGUACAUCAAUAAUGAAAGAGUGGUUGGGGUAAACGAAACACCACAGUGCAUUUUAUUUCAAACUGGAGUGAUCUCAAUAUAUAUUGUGAUUGAGUGAUUGUGUAUUUAUAAGAAAUGUAACACACAAUUGCAUGUUGAUGCGUUUCAAGGGCAUGUGCUUCUGCCCCAACUCCUAACAUGUGGACAUAACGCCUUUUGAGAACACAUGAAAAAGGGAAAUUUCCCAAAAUAUGACAAACAAUAAAGUGGUUUCUCUCAAUCGGAGUAUAAUGUUUUUUGCUAAUAAAUAGAUGGAAUCAUAUUGUGAUA